GGAAGGUAAUGGACAAUCACUUACGAGAAAAGUGACUUGAUGCUAGGAUUCACGGGCGAAAAAUAAAAGGAACCAAACAAACUCCCCUCACCCUUCCACCCUCCCCCGGCGGGUCUCCUGUUUCUCCCUCUCUCACCUGAUUCUUCCUGCGUCGGCCUUCCUGCAGCAAUGGCGAGCCACGAAGAGAGGCUCCUGGAGAUUCAGCUGGAAAUUCAACUACAAGAGCAAAGAGACUCGCUUGCUGCUCUCAAAGAAGCCCUUGAUUCUGAUCCAACCAAUCCCGAGCUCCUCUCGGUCUAUGAGGAACUUGUCUUGGCAAUCAACAGUGCAGAGGAAGGGCUUCUUCAGUUAAAACGUGCACGGUUGUUGGAAGAAGCUGAUUCUGCUCUACAAGCUUCCAUGUAUGUGUCUGAGGAUGUAAGAGUGGAACCUCUUGAUCCAACAGAAGUUGAAGUAGAACCACUGGAGGAGCAAAGCUACCGUCUUGGAUCUAAAUGUAGAUUCCGUCAUAUUGAUGGGCAUUGGUAUAAUGGUCAAAUUGUUAGGUUGGAGGGUUCCAAUGCUGCAAAGAUUUCUUUCCUCACUCCGACAUCUGAGAACAUGUUGAUAUGCAAGUUCUUUCUACAACAACGAUGUCGAUUUGGUACUAACUGCCGCUUGUCACAUGGUGUUGAUGUCCCACUGUCUUCCCUGAAGAAAUAUAUCCCAACAACAUGGGAGCAGUCAUUAGUGGGUUCCAGUAUUUGGGCUGUCUCGGACAGUAUAGCUGGGAUAUGGAGGGAGGCGGAGCUUGAAUCAUGGGAUGACAAACUGAGUGUAGGGAAAGUUGUUUUUUGUGACGAUGGAAGCUCUUCGGAGCUUGGAGUUGAAGCUAUUUCUGUGUCUGAGUAUGCUAUAAUGAGUGAAGAGGAAGAAAAUGAUUCCACAUUGGAAGAAUCUGAUUCUAGUGACUAUGAUGAAGAGAGCUCACAAGGGGUAGGUUUCCUUGAAAGCACCACCUUACAGAAGGGCAUCCAGACAGAAACGGCCAUAUUUGCAAAGUGGGAGAAUCACACUCGUGGGAUUGCUUCCAAGAUGAUGGCUAAUAUGGGUUACCGUGAAGGGAUGGGUUUAGGUGUUUCUGGACAGGGAAUGGUUAAUCCCAUCUCUGUGAAAGUUCUUCCACCAAAGCAAUCUCUUGAUCAUGCCCUGAAGUCUCAAAACGGUGAAGAAAAUGAAGAGAGAGAGAAUCAGGGUAAGAAACGGAGCAGGGGUGGAAAGAGGAAACGUGAUAAAAAGUUUGCUGCGGCUGCUCGGGCUGCAAAAGACAAUGAAGAAGCAAGACCAGAUGUUUUUAGCCUUAUCAACAACCAACUUGCGAGACAUGGAGAAGCUGUGAGUGGUAGAUCAACAAAGAAGCAAAAUAAGCAUGUAGGAGAUGAGAAGAAAGGAGACAGGCGGGCUCUGGUUGCAUAUGAUGAUGAGGUAAAGGAGUUGAGGAUGCAAAUAGAGAAGCUGGAAGAAAUGGUUAAUCGGAACAGGAAGGAGAAGGCAGUUUAUGAGGCUGCAAUGAGGAAGUUGAAGGAGACCCGUGCCUCUUUAGCUGAAGCAGAGGCAGCUCAUGCAUCUGCAUCAAAUGCAGUUGUCAGCAAAGAGAGAGAGAAGAGAUGGCUCAAGUUUUGACAUCUACAUGGUGUAUGUUUGACGUUUGUUAUCCAUGUACCACUAGGCUAUUCCAAAAAGUAGUGUUGAAAUGCCUUGUUUUCCUCUUAUCCAUCAAAUGCAAUUGUCAGCAAGGAUAAUACAUUUUGGACAGCCGAUUGUAAAUGGAUACUUUAUCAUGAUAUGUAAUGAAUUGUGGUACAUCAUUGCAAAAGUUAGUAUACCAACUGAGUAAACUCUUCAUC